AGUGAACUAUUCUCAAUGGAAGAUGGAAGACUGUUAGCAUCAAAGCCGCGAGAUGCAUCGCCGAGCGGCAAGUGCCCAUCUUCACAACAGCAGCCAGUCCGCUAGGGAUUUGGUAUACUCCCCUGGUUACUGUUUCAUAUGCAGCACAACAGGUAUGCAGUGCGAACUUGCAGCGCGUGGGCGGCGUUGCCGAGCUGAGCUACUAGAGACCCGACCAUCUUUCCGGUCGCGGGCGUGUUCUUUCUGCGCAUGCGUACUAUUUGCAUUAGACUGCGGCCACUCAUCAAGCGCGAAGAAAGGGAGCUGACGGUAUUUGGUCGUCGAAUUGUGGAGUGAGGCAGAAUGCCGCAGUACAGGAUCAUCAAGCAGGGAUACAUGCUCAAGGAGCCGCCGUAUUCCAAGCGAGGAGUGAGAAAGAAGCUGAAGCGAUUCUGGUUUGUCCUGCUGGAGGACAAGAAGCAGGUCGCAUUUGUCUACUACAAGAACGAAGACGCAUACAUUGCCCGGCAGAGAAAUGUCGGGUUCAUAAAGAUCGACAACUCUCGAAUCAACGUCGUUGGAGAAUACCUCACACACAAGAAUGCCUUUCAGAUUGUCACAGAGAAAUCGGAGUACACCUUUGUCUCCGAAACAAGAUAUGAGCUUCAUGACUGGAUUCUUGUCCUUCACAACACAAUGGAGGGCUUCCACCGCCGCAUGGAGAGGGUCAAAGUGCGUAUGGAGCAGAGACAGCGAGCCCUGUCUGCCAGCAGCGCAGCAAGUGAUAAUCUCAGUUCCCAGGCUUCCCCCAUCCCCACCCAGCAACCUGGAGCCACACCCCCUACUCCCAGGAGAUCGAUAACCACGCCCAAUCGUACUCCGCCAAACGGAAGUCCAAAAACGGGCUCGUCGUCACGUCGACGACCUCGUCGCCCAGCUCCAGUAGCCCCACAACAAUCAAGAGAUGUACCACCGCCGUUUCCGCGGGAGACAGACCACACCCCUAACCACACCCACCAGGAGUUUCCUCGCCAGUACUCUGACGAAGGACCCAUUCCCAUACCCCAAGUCCCUGCGUUCUCAUACGGAGGGGAGCAUACAGUGCUUGACCUGGACAUCACCCAGAUUGAGGAAACCCUGAUUGAAGAGGGAGAAGGGGAGAGGGAGGAGGAGAGAGAAGAGGAAGAGGAACGGUAUGUACUUGCUCCUAUUCACACCAGUAAUGUGGUGAGGCCACAGGCAAACGGUGUCAGACCGAUUCCAUUGCACCAGAGAUCAGUGUCGGACACGUCCGUCCUUCUCUAUCGCGCCAACUCAGCCUCUCUCCCCGAGCUCGCAGAGCAACGGAACUCGGCCAGCCCCGAGCCAGUCUCAGACACUGUGGAGGGAGCCAAACGGCAAAUCUCUCUGGAUUCACCAACAAAGAAGUUCCGAAUGAAGCACACGCGCCACCUCAGUCUUCUCGGGGGUGACCACCAUAAACGGAAGAAGCGACGGUCGCAGAUCCGCAGUCGCUCGCCGCCCAGCUACCCCCCACCACCUCCUCCGGCUGAUGAGGAGAGCGGAGACGAGGUUGAGAGGACACACUGGAGGAAAGAUUCAUUCGGGUUCUCAAAAGUGAUGCAGACAAUCUCUUCCAUCGACCAGGAGCUACAGGAGAUGGGGGGUGUGGCUGGAGCUAACACUGCCGCUGAUGUACCUCCUCCGACAAUGUUCCAUGGGGAAGACCCUACAAUUAAUCCAGCUAAUGACAGCCUAGAGGAAGGGGCUCAGAGUGAAAAUCCCGCUACAGUUGAAGAAAGAGGAGAAGGUGAAGAAGAAAGGCCAACCCACAUUGAAAUCAGUCCCACCCAGCAGGCCGAGGGAAAGGAAGAGACAUCAGACCGACUGCCAGCAGGUGGCUCAGCAGAAGAAGACCCAUCACUAGACUCCCCCACCAAGAAGAUACCUCCCCCCGUGGCAGCCAAACCAAAACCAAAACCAAAGAGAAACAAAGUCAUGUUCAAAGAGGAGGUGGAAGACAUUCCAUCGUACGAGCCUCGUAUCGAUGACGAGGAAGCUCCGCCCACCGAGGAGGAAGGUUCAGAGGACAUUCCAUCCUCUGUGGCAGCUCUGAAAAAAAUGCUGUUUGGUCAGGCGUCUACGCAGAAAUACUCGAAAGAAGGUCCAAUGAGUUUGAGAUUUGGGGCGUUUGUGGACACAGAGGAUUACGAUGAGGGACUGCAUGAGAUGCUCACUCCUACAAGUCAGCAGGGACAGCCGCAGCUCCACGACGACCAACAGCCAAAUCACCCUGAUCCACAUUAUCAACACCUCACCACGUUCAACGACUCCACCAACAGUGAGACCGGUGGUGAGGUAGUGAGAGGAGAGGGAGAGGGAGAGGGAGGAUCGUCCAGCCAGCCGUGGGAAAACGAAUACGACACUCCGUGGGACUCAAAACCAAUCUCCAAGUUUUCCGUGGUGGGUCAUCGCGGGAAGCUGACUCCAAGCCCCGCCCACAGAACGGAGUCGUUUGAGGUUGUAUCCCAUACCACAGAUCUCCCUGGUAACAUGGAGAGGAGAAACGUGAGCUCGCUGGAGCGCCAGCUUAAAAAUGACCCAACCUCUCGCGUCUCACCCCGACAGGACUUGGGGUACUCCGGAGGAACUUACUCCCAACCUUCCUCCAACCUGGAGUUCACUGACACCGGCAUCCAAGACUCUGACCUCUUGCAGAGCAUCAGCACCACACUACAGACGAGGUCAAAGUACGGGAGCGAUUCCCUCCUAACGAGUUUCAGUCAGGGGGAUGUCCCUGCUAAUUACUACCAGCAGCAGGGUAGGGCUGCCAUGCAACAGGCAAAAUCUGGGGUUCGGUCUGCCCGAGGGGACCUUGAGAAAAUCCGAACCAAACACAAGAGAGCCAUAACUCUGCCCACGUCUUAUUCGGGUCCACAGACGAGCAAACUGAAGCACAAGAAGGCGUUGAGUCGGAGCCACCAGUCAGUGAGUCACAGCGGAGUCACGGGUGAUGGAGGGAGAGGGCAGGGAAGAGCGACUUCUUACCACGGUGGAGGCGGGCCUGCUCGCAAGGCGCAGUCAGUGGACAUGCUCCAAGUUGACCCUUCGACACUCGUGACCUACAACACAUACACUAAAAGCCACACCCUACAAUCUCUUGUUUGAAGUGUGGUUUUAACUGUACCCAUAGCAACCCCACGUGUCUAACACAAACCUGUAAGAAAUGGUUGUUUGUAUCAAUCACACGCAUUUCCCAUAAUCAUUCUUGUGUGUCAAUCAAAUUUCCCAUUUUAACCCUUUCUCUUCUUGGACUUCUCCCCUUCGCCCCUGUUCAUUAUAGCAUUGUAUAGAAUGUUUGAACCAAUGCUGUUAUAUUAUAUAUCGAGCAUCGUUGUAUAUAUUGUACACUUUUCAAUGCAUGAAAUGGAAAUGAUGUAAUGAGGCAU